UCAUAAUUAUAUAUAUAAACAUCAGCACUAAUUCAGAGUUCCAACAAACAUUAACAAAAAGUAAGUUUAGUUACAGAGAGAGAAGAAAGAUGGCAAUUAGGUUUACUUAUUGCUCGGCUUUGGCAGUUUUACUAAUUGCCGGAAUGUUGAUUUCCGGCGAGCUUGUUUCCGCGAUUAACUGCGACAAUGAUCUUAUUGGACUUGCAUCGAAAUGUCAGAAAUAUGUUGUAAAACAAGGAUCGUCGGCUAAACCAUCACCAGAAUGCUGUAAAGUGGUGAAGAACGUGAACGUGCCAUGUGUGUGCUCUCAUGUCACCAAACAAAUUGAAGAUUUAAUCAGCAUGAAGAAGGUCUUCGAUGUUGCAAAAUCAUGCGGCAAGAAAGUCACUCCUGGAACUAAAUGUGGAAGUUACACCGUUCCAAACUGAUAUACAAAUUAACACGACACUGGGCAUUUGAAUAUGUAUUGUUAUGACUUGUGAGUUGUUUGAAUGUUUGUUUUAUUUUUAAUUGAAAUAAUGAGAACAAUCUCUUGCAUUUA